AAUAAUCGAUUCCAGAUGUGGAACUUCCCGCUUCCAAAUUUCUAAUCCGAUUGUGGAGAAACAUUUACCGCCAAUCUCUCUGUGUCUCUUUCUUCUACUUUUUCGUUGUGAAGCUCUUACACGGAGAGAGAGGAUGUUGGGGAGGGUAAGGGCGUGCUCUUUGAGCUCUCUGGAGGUGUUAGAAAUGGAGAGAACUCCUUCUAAGCUUCUCAAAGACGAUUCUCACUCCAUCUAUGAGAAGACACUGCUGAAGCUACAACAAGGUUCUCAUCGGGAUCUAAGUUUAAUUCCUGAUGAAUCUAUGAACACUGAUACAAGUCCUUCAAUGGCUUCUGAUGAAGCAUCUAUGAAAGUGAAUGCUUCCAUGGACUCUCUUCCAAGCUCAAAAGAGGAGCCACAUGGGAAUUUGUCAGUCCUUUACAUGUUUUCAAGAUACAAAACUUCUCGACAUGACAAUCCAAAUUCAUCAGAUGGUAGUAAUGCCAUGGAAAUGCAGAAUGAUUGCUCCUCAGCAAACACAUCACCAAGUAAUGAUUCUUAACUUCAACUUGGAUGUAUAGUUUGGGUAUGAAUCUGAAUUCGAGUCUUUAUUGUUAUUGUGAUAAUUUUGGAAUCAUAAUGUUGUUCAAUUCAAUUCAAAGCAAAUCCAAAUCCUUUUACAUUGUUUAUGCCA